UCUGAUGUGUUUUGUUUAGAUUACGUACCUAAUAGUUAUUUAUCGAGAGAAAAGGGCUUAUAUGUUUUAAUUUUCAAAACCUAUGUUUCAUUAUUUGAAAGUAGGAAUUUAGCAUCCUCGUUUUCUGCUGUUGUAUACACAUACGUAUUUUAUCUACCUCUUCAGUUUAUAUGCGUUUUUAAGUGAGAGUUUUAGAAAUUCUUUUUCCUAUUUCAUUUAAAACAGAUGAAAUAGUGAUGCAAGCAAUUUAAACUGAUGAUCUAUAAUCCGGAAUCGCCGAAGUCCCAACGAGUCCGAACUAAAGACUUUUGACUGUAUUUCUCAGAGCUUAUUUCUGUGUUGGAUGUCGGUCAAGAGUUUAGUUUGCUGUUGAAUAAAUCAUCAGUGACAUAGCCUAAAAAUUCACAAGGAAAAUAAUAUUGCUUUCAUCAGUCAAAUUUAUAAAUGUGAAUCACUUUCUCAUCUGUGACUUAGGAAAGAUAAUUUUCUGUUGAUACGUAAUUGUUAAUUUCUUGCAAGGUUUUGGAAAUUCAAACUGAAAUGUGGAUGAAAGUGAAGUAAUUACUACAUGUGGAUGAUUACUAAUGUGGAUGAAAGUGAAUCCCUUGAGGUUCAUGUUAACGAGGGUUUACUGUAACUGUAUUAGGAAGUCAGAUGAUGCAUCAGGUGAGUUUAAUUCAUAUGAAAUGGGUGAAGAAAUUUCAUUUCCUUUUCCAUUCCCCCCGUAUGACGUUCAAAAAGAAUUUAUGAAAGAAUUAUACUCAGUUUUGCAAAAUAAAAAAGUUGGAAUAUUUGAAAGUCCUACAGGUACAGGCAAAUCGUUGAGCAUUAUAUGUGGUGCUUUAAAAUGGUUAAAAGAUUUUCAAGAAAAUAAAAAAGCAGAACUUCAGAAUAUAUUAAAGGAAAACUGUGAAGAUACUGAAGAUGACUGGUUUAACAAUUUCUUAAAGAAACAGGAGAAAGCUUUUAAAGUGGAAGAUGCUAAAAAAGAAUUAAAAAUUUUAAAUGAAUAUGAAGAACGUAUUAAUGAUUUAAGAUUAAAAUUUAAAACCAAGAAAGCCUCUUUUGUGCUUGAUACUCACAACUCAAAGCGAAGAAAGUAUGAGAAUACUGCGGAGGAUAAUAAAAUCAUAGAUGAGGAUUUGUUAUUAGAUGUUCUUCAAGAUGAAGAUGAAAAAGAUGACUGUAAAGAGGAAAAAACUCAUGUUUUGAAAAUAUAUUAUUCCAGUCGGACACAUUCACAAUUAGCACAAUUUUUAGGUGAAAUCAAACGAAGUCCAUACCGUGACUUAAUAACAGUAACUGCUUUAGGAUCUCGGGCCAAUUACUGUAUUAAUGAAGCAGUAUCUAAACUUAAGAAUUUAAGUUUGAUUAACGACCAGUGUGUUGAAUUGCAGCGAAAGAAAGCAACUUCAAAAAAGUGUUGUCCAUUUAUCAAAAAUCUUUCAGACAUGCAGGAUAGUAUUUUGUCAUCUGUAAAAGAUAUUGAAGAAAUAGUACAUAUGGGAAAAGAGUUGCUGUCUUGCCCUUAUUAUGCAUCUCGAAAUGUUAUACCUGAUGUUGAACUCGUUGUUUUGCCAUAUAACAUACUUAUGCACAAAGCUACCCGAGAUGCUUAUGGAAUUGUGUUGAAAAAUAAUGUUCUUAUUAUUGAUGAAGCACACAAUUUGGUGGAAGCUAUCAAUGGGAUGUACAGUGCUGAAAUUACUGGAUUAUGUUUAUUACAAUCCAUUUGGCAAAUUGAUGCAUAUUUUAAGCAGUAUAAUACUAGACUUUCACAGAAGAAUGUAAGGUUUACUAAAUUAUUAAUUUCUGUUUUGAACUCUUUCCUUGGUUAUGUUAAAUCAAGCAACUCUAUUAGCAACUCAGAUAAAUCAAGCAGCUGUAUUAGCAAUUUGGAUAAAUCAAGCAGCUCUAUUAGCAAUUCAGAUUCCAGAAUGAUGUCUUGCUAUGAAUUCAUUAGUUCCUGUGGAGUCAGCCAUGUCAAUUUUUUUGAGCUAGUGAAAUUCUGUGAAGAUAGUCUUAUAGGGAACAAGUUGCAUCGUUUUACUUCUGCAAGAGUUGCUAAAGGAAUUAGCCCAAUGGAUGAUCAGAACAAGAAAACUGAGUUACCGGAAAUAUCUCCAACAACUGCGUAUCUUUCACAGCUUAAAGAAAAGAAAAGUAGUGUAGCAAAGGAAGCCAUUGUUGAAAACAAACAUGAGUAUAAAGAACAAUAUAAGCCAUCUGCAUUUUUUACAUUUAUUCACUUUCUCAAAACUCUUACUUUUCCAACAGAAUAUGGACGAGUUCUUUUUAAUAAAGCAUCUACUGUACAAAAGUCAUCUUUAAAAUUUCUCCAUCUUAAUCCAGCGGCUCAUUUUCAAGAAAUUAUUCAAGAGGCUAGGUCUGUAGUUGUUGCUGGUGGAACUAUGCAACCCAUUUCAGAAUUUGUUGAUCAACUUUUCAUGCCUGCCGGUGUGCCAAAAGAGAGGAUUUCUUUUUUCUCAUGUGGACAUGUGAUACCUUCUGAAAAUCUGUUAGCCAUAGGCAUAGAAACUGGUCCAUGUGGAAGCAUGCUUGACUUCACAUUUAAGAGUAGACAGUUACCUCAAACUGUCAAAGAAGUUGGGAGUGUCCUUUUAAAUAUCUGCAAUUCUGUUCAGGGGGGAAUUGUAUGUUUUCUUCCUUCAUACAAUUAUGAAGAGUUUAUAUAUAAGGAGCUAAAAAAGUCUAAAAUACUGGAUUCCAUUGCAAAACGGAAGAAGAUAUUUCGUGAGCCAAAGUUUAGCAGUGAUGUUGACAGAAUUUUAUCCGAUUAUGCCAAAAGCAUUUCUUUGGCAUGUUCUUCAAAUAGUGGGUCAUCCACUUGUACUGGAUCCUUACUUUUUAGCAUUGUUGGAGGCAAAAUGAGUGAAGGCAUAAAUUUUUCUGAUGAUCUAGGCAGGUGUGUGAUUAUGGUAGGUUUACCAUAUCCUAAUAAAUUCUCUGUUGAACUGAAAGAGAAAAUGUCGUAUUUGAAUCAGAAAGGUGUUUCAUUAAAUAUUAAAAAUGCUGGAGAUAUAUACUAUAAUAAUUUAUGUAUGAAAGCUGUGAAUCAAUCAAUUGGACGUGCAAUACGUCAUAAGAAUGACUAUGCUGCAAUAGUUUUGCUAGAUUAUCGGUAUAAUACUUCAGUUGUAAAAGAUUCUCUUCCAUCCUGGAUAUCAAAAAGUUUCACUUUUCAUCAAAAGUUUGGUCCUGCUUUUUUUGCUUUGAGAAAAUUUUUUGCAGUUCAAAAUAAUACCACUGUUAAAAAGACAUAGUAUCACCAUAGUAAAAGCUAAUUCAGAGACUAAAAAUAUACAUUUUUUAAAGUUCCUCUAUGUAUAUGAAUCUGCUAUUCUUACUGAUAUAAAGUUGUGUUCAUUGUGAUAUAUUUCUAUUGAUUUUGUAUAUUUACGUACUGUAUUAUAGAAUUGGUUUUAAGCAUCUCAUUUUUGAUGUGCUGUUCAUAUAUUUACAUUAAUAUUUUUUACAUAUUUUUAUAUUUUAAUACAAAAAUAAAAUAAUGAAAAUAAAAAGUAUAAAUACAAC